AUGACCGUAGACGAUACUGUGGCUUCUACCGAUCUUCAGAACCCAGCUGAUGCUUUGGAGUUUCUGGCACAUGUUGCUGAACGUGAUUCUGGGGGUAAUCAGUUGCCACCAAUGCACAGCUCAGUGUAUGGAAGACCUGAGAAUCGUUUGAAUGCAACUGGAAAUGGAGGACCGCAGUUACCUCAGGCAAGUCCAAAUGGUGGACUUGACUAUCCUCCUUUCAAUAAGGGACAGCUGAGUCUAGAGAUGAUCCACGCAUUGUUGUACCGGUACGAGGAGAAGUAUCAUCCAUUCUUUCCACUGGCAAACCCAGCAGCAAUGGACCCGAACAACCUCCCAACGAUCGCCGCGAAAGAGCCACACCUUCUGGCGGCAAUCCUGACAGUCGCCUCCAAGGAUGAGAAGGAUUGGUGGGAAGUGCAUGACGCCUGCUCUUGGCACAUGCAGACUUUAGUCGCCAGCCUUGUCUACAGUGGUUCAGGUUCUGUAGAAGCAGUCGAAGCAAUGCUCAUUCUAGCUGAAUGGGUGCCUCGUCGACCACAUUCGACGCCCUCCAUCGGACGUGGUGAAGAAGAUCAAGCAGCCUGGAUGUACGUGGGCACCGCGAUACGCCUUGGAUACCUUCUUGGAAUUGAUCGGACAGGCUUUCGUGCAGAGAGUGAGGCACAGACAGCAGACCUCAACAGGAAGCGACUCGCCUGGGCCAGCUGUUAUAUGAGUGACAGACAGAUCUCGGUCAGGAUAGGCAAGGCGUUCUGGUCUCGUGGUCCUGGCCCUAUGACAGCCUUACGCGCCCAGGACUUCCCUAGUCUACAGCCUCGUCUUCACCGCCACGAUGAUUUUGCCGCCAUUUACCAAGCAAAUUUGGAGCUCACACAGCUCUUCAGCAAUGCCCACGACGUGCUAUACGCCACGAAAAGUCGCUCAAAUCAGCUCAACUUUGGAGGCGAAUAUGUGAAAUAUAUCGACGACUUCCGCGUAGCUUUAAGGCACUGGAACGAAUCGUGGGGCGUCUUCACCUGCUCGCCGCCACUGAAGGCCAGUCUGAUCCUUUCCUACGAAUACCUACGGCUCUACGUCAACGCAUUUGCAUAUCAGGCUACUCUGAAUCGACUGAUUAACAAGAUGAAGGAGGCAAUGGACAAUGGCCAGACCGCCCGAGCUCCAGCCUAUCCUUUCGCGGAUGUGGCAGCGACGCCAGAUGCGAGAUUCAUCUACGACGCCAUUGAUGCUGCCAAGGCUCUGCUGAGUACCUUCUGCAGUUUCGUCGACCCUCAAGAGACGUUCCGCUUCAUGCCUCUGCGAUACUACCUUUAUGUCAUCUAUUCCGCCGUCUUCCUCUAUAAAGCGAGAUCGACGGGUGUGAUGGGUGGUGAUACUAGAGGUUCGGUAAAGCGUCUCAUCAGCGACACGAUGGACAAUCUUCAGAAAUCGAGUGCCUGUCCCAACGAUGUGGGAGAACGUUACUCUCGCCUCAUCCGGCUGCUGUGGAGGAAGCCGCCCGGUCGCGGAAGUAUCGCUGAACCUAACGACAUUACGAGGCCUGGCACCGCUCAACCAGGCGGACAAGGCGUACCAAAUCGAAGCGCAGAGCCAGUGCCAAUGGAAGCGGCUCCGCCUUCGAUCAACCAGUUCAGCUGGCUAGACUUGGGGGCAGUUGGCGACUUCGCCGUUGAGAACAACAACUCUAUUGCAGGCAGCAUGAUGGAUAACCUCGAUCGAUUCGAGGACAGUUCCGCAGAUGGCUUCUCUCAAUUCGACCCUACCAUGAUGAUGUCGCCUCAGCAGUUUGCAUGGAACGGAUUGCCGCCUCAGGGCAUAAUCUUUUGA